CGUGAGCGGGUUGCAUACCAAGGGAGAAAGUCGGUCACAAAAGAAAGCUUUGAGUCCCACAGUGCACGCGGUCGGUCCCCUCCAUGUUUUCCCUCGGCGGCUCUGCGGACUGAUCUUUGAACCCGGUCUCUCUCUCUCCGAUAGAUCCCUCUCUCCCUCUCUCCCUCGCUCUCUCUCCGAUCGUCCCGGCGGACCCGCACGGCUCAUCCUGACUGAGCGCGUCUCCCUUGGAUGAUCCCAUCAGGCCAGAAGGCGCCAGCAUGCCGUCUGCUGUGACAUGGACCUGAUCCUGGACCCAGAACAAACUCCACGGAUUUCUUGAUUCAUUUUCUCUCUCUCUCUCUCUGCAGAAGAAGCGGAUGUAUUCCCUGCAAAGAGACAGCGAGACAAAGACAAGCAGCCAUGUGGAAGUUAACGUGUUUCAUUGCGUGCGUUUUAGUUUGUAUUCCCAAGUCUCUGAGUAAAAAGGUGACUGGCGCGGAUGGACAGGUAUUUCUAGAGGACAUUUUAACCUAUUAUGGUCAAAAUCAAUCAAUCUCGAUUGAUAAUCUUGAUAAUUUACUGCUGGUAUUAUCAGACAAAAAAUCUCAGGCAAUAAUUGAGGGAAAUCCACUGGCAUCCCAGGAGUGUCCCUCCGCUGAGCAGAUCUUGUCCCACUUUGGGCUCAGUAAUGUGAGUCAGCUGACUGUGGGACAUCUGGGGAGGAUCUGCCCCGCCGUGUUGACCCAGGUGCUGCUGCCCUCCUGCCCCUACAUCGACUCCAAAGCUCCGCAGCCCCUCGACUACUCUGUGUGGGGUUAUGGGUUUCUGGCGGUCACUGUGAUCAACCUGGCGUCUCUGCUCGGCCUCUUCAUGAUCCCCUUCACCAAGAAGCCUUAUUUCCCCAAAAUGCUGACCUACUUCAUCGGCCUCGCCAUCGGGACGCUCUUCUCCAACGCCGUGCUGCAGCUCAUACCGGAGGCUCUCGGGUUUGAUCCCAAACGGGAUAACUACGUGGCGAAUGCAGUUGGAAUAUUUGGAGGGUUUUAUCUCUUGUUCUUCGUGGAGAAGAUACUGAAAAUGGCUCUCCGGGUUGACGAUGAGCACAACCACAGCCACUUCGCUCCUGCCGAGCGGCCUCAAGAAAACUCCCUGCACAACGGAGACCUGGCGGAGAAAAAGGACGCCCUCGUUUUGACCAACGUCAACACCAUCCCCACCGACAAGAGCAGCCCGGACCCGGACGCGGAGGCAACACCUUCUCAGAACGCCCAGGCGUCGGGCGUGACGUGCCGCUGGCUGCGUGGGAAAGAGAUCUCCAGCAUCAAGACGGUGGCGUGGAUGAUAACGCUGAGCGACGCGCUGCACAACUUCAUCGACGGCCUGGCCAUCGGCGCCUCGUUCACCGUGUCGGUUCUGGCGGGCUUCAGCACGUCCACCGCCAUCGUGUGCGAGGAGUUCCCCCACGAGCUCGGCGACUUCGUGAUCCUGCUGAACGCCGGUAUGACCGUCCCACAAGCCGUGUUCUUCAACAUGCUGUCAUCGGUGUCGUGUUACGUGGGUCUCGUGUUUGGCAUCCUGCUCGGGAGCAACUUUGCCCCCAAUGCAAUCUUUGCCAUCGCGGGAGGAAUGUUCCUGUACAUUGCACUGGCCGACAUGUUUCCAGAGAUGGACAAGAUAUUACAGGAACAGAAGCGGACUUCCACAAAGGUCAUCUUCUUCGUGAUCCAGAAUGCAGGGCUGCUCACUGGCUUCGCCAUCAUCCUGCUGAUCACCGUGUUUGCUGGAGAGAUCCAGCUGGGCUAGAGGGGCGAGAGACUGAGGAACCGCAACUAGAAAGCGAAAUAUAUUUUCUCAUUGAGUUGCUUCUGUUUCUGCUCAUUCAGCUGGGCGGCAACGUGAAUGUAAAGUGAAUGAAUUGUACAAACAAAACCAAAAUGUUUAAAGGAAAGGUAAUGCUUUUUAUCCAUCUUUUGACUAUCGAGUUAAUGGAACGUUUGCACCAUUUUUUUAAAAAAAAGGAAAAUCUUUACAAUCAUUUGAUGUGUGAACUUUAAUCAUGUUGUGUUUUUCAGGAGAAAAUAAAUUAUUUUUUCAGUCUU